AAGACAAAAGUGGUUAAAGAGGUCAUUUUAAUUAACAAAUAUUCUCCAUUGUUGCAGUUUCCUAGCUCUGGUUUUUAUCGGAAGGCCACCGACCCUAGGAGAUGGGUUGCUCCUCCUGUAGCGGAAGAUAGUGAUUUGGAGGUAGAGGCUGAGAGUGAUGUGGAUGAUAGUGACCUGGACCCUGAUUAUGUUGUAGAGGAAAACAUAACACCUACAACUUCAGGACAUGUGACUAGGAUCAGGCCUGAAGAAAUGCCUCUUGAUGAUGAUGCAGGUGAGGAUGAUGAGGAUGAGACGGUCUUGGGGGACACUCCACCACCCACCAAGAAGGUGAAGAAGGCCAAGGACCAGCCAUCAAGGGUAUGGAAGAAAGAAGACAUCGGACACACUCCUUUACCCGAGUAUAACCAUCCGGUGCCUGAUUUCCUCCUGAAGCCCUAUGAGUUUUUCCUCCAGAUGCUGACCAUGGAGAUACUUGAAGACAUUGUGUACCAGACGAACCUGUAUGCACGGCAGAAGGAUGUCAGUACCGCUUUCUCCCUUGACAUCCAGGACCUGAUGGUGUUUUUGGGCAUUAUCCUCUACAUGGGGGUAGUCCACAUUCCUUCCCUGGAUGACUAUUGGGCAGUCAACACCCGCAUCCCACAGGUGACCGACUACAUGUCCGCAAAGCGAUUUAAACAACUCAGAUCCACCAUUCACUUCAACAACAACGAUUAUGCCAAGGCUUCCACAGACCGCUUCUACAAGAUACGGCCUCUCUUCACAGGAAUAACAAAACAAUUUCUGCGGGUCAAGGAAACUCCCCAUCAGUCGAUUGAUGAAGUGAUGGUGGCAUACAAGGGCACAAUGGCAGGGAAUCUUCGCCAGUACAUCGCAAACAAACCGGACAAGUUCGGCUACAAGUUAUUCUGCCGUGCGAGUAUCGAUGGUUUCAUCCACGAUGUCCUAAUGUAUCAGGGACAAACGACCUUCAGCAGCCACCCUGUAGACCUGAAUGAGGAGGAGGAAGAACAGCUACUGAGCCACAGGAUUGUGAUUGUCCUUGCCAAGACCAUCAAAGACCCCGCUAAUUCCGCCAUCUAUGCGGACAACUACUUCACGAGCAUCCAACUGGUUGAGUUCCUGAAAGACAAGCUCCAAUGCCGCUAUGUGGGGACUGCCAGACCCAACCGCAUUGGAAAUCCACCACUGAUGUCUAGGAAGGAAAUGGAGAAGAAGACCACUCCCAGGGGGAAGCACGAUUAUGUCUCCUGCAACGGGGUCCUUGCUAUGUGUUGGAAGGACAACAAACCAGUCACUAUCCUCUCUUCUGAUGCCGGGGUUCUUCCACUCUCCAAGGCCAAAAGGUGGGACAAGGAAUCCAAGAAAAAGGUCGACAUCCCAUGCCCAGCGGUCAUCAAGGAGUAUAAUGGUAAAAUGGGGGGCAUUGAUAAGUCCGACAUGCUCACCCAUCUCUACAAAUCUCCGAUGAAGGCUAGGCGGUAUUAUCUCAGGCUGUUCGGGUACAUCUUGGAUCUCUGCACCACUAAUGCCUGGAUCCUGUACAAGAGGGAUUCCAAAGCCCUGUCAGAGAAGCCCAUGCCCCUCAAAAACUUCCGCCUGGAGAUCAGUGCCUUUGCCCGUGGCUACAAAACCAGACCUGCCAGGUGCCUCCGCGAUACCCCUGAGAGUUUUGUCCGGCCAAAGAAGGGACAAAAAUCCCACCGCCCAGCAGACAACCUUCGCUAUGACUACUCCAAAUUCCACUGCCCAGUGUUUGUCAAGCAACGGAUGACUUGCAAACACUGCUCAACUCACAAGGAGAUGCACCGGUCUAGGUGGGUGUGCAAAGUGUGUCAGGUUGCCCUUUGCCACAGCGAAACUCGGAACUGUUUCGAGGAGUUCCACAUACCCCCGGCUUCCAACUCGCCCUCCACAUCCACCUCAUCUAAUAAUGAUAUGUAAUAAUUAUCUAUUCUAAUUUCUAUGUCUAAACUGGUCUAAUAAAACAAAUUCGUACCAUUUCUCGGUCAUGAAGUAAAGUAAAUGGUAGGAAAUUAGGUCAGAAUAACUCACACUUUAUUGCAGGAGGCAUAAUAAUGAUAUGUAAUAAUUUUUUCUUCUAAUUUCUAUGUCUAAAACUUAUUUAAUAAAAUUUUUGAAAGUCA